AUGACUCACUCUUCGUACUCGGAAGAGAACAACAGAGCUCUGAGCAUUUUGGGCGAGAGUGUGAUCGAGACUUGGGUUUCGCUUCGGCAGCUGACCAAAGACAUUGACGUUUCGCCGAAAGAUCUGAACAGUCUGAUAUCGGAGGUAUCGGAAGUGGAGACGUCGUGCGCCGUUGAUGGAAUGAAGUUGAAGUUGAAGUUGCAGAACAUAGUUAGGGUUUCGCCGAAAACUGAUCCGUCGACUCCAUCGGUGGUUUGUGGUGCUUUCCGGGCGAUGUUUGGGGCUAUUGCGGUGGAUACAGGAAGGGCAGAUAUGGGUGGGAGCAAAUUCGGAAGUGUUCAUGAGCAAUUUGCAGAAGUGAAGAACGAGAGAGAGAGAAUGAGACAACAAAGAACGAGAUAGAAAAAGGCUUACCAGAAAGGCUUCACAGUUGUCAUCUGUUCAGACUUUACUGUCGAGUCUUUUGUUCAAGCUUCACCGUCGACGACAUUAAGUUCUCCUUCUUCAGAUGGCAUAGAUGAGAGUGACGAAGGCGGAAUCGGUUCGGAGUUGAAGUCAGUGUUAGAUUUUUAGAUAGUUGCACACCCUUACACACACACACAUAUAUAUAUAUAUUACGUGAAUCUGAGUGUUCCCAAAUCUUGUAGUGGUGAGAGUUUGGUGUAUUGAGCUGUCCUUUCGCAUGAAUCUUACUGGGAAUAUUAUCUUACUAGUUGCAAAAACAAAGCUUUGGAGCUUUCUUUUGAUAGGUUCGAUAUAAUCCGCGAUGUGUGUGUGGAAGAAAUAUGUGUUCUACUCACUUGUAAGUAUUGUUAUAGUGGAGAAAAUUUUGAGCAAGUUUUUUCACCAACAGAAGGAAUAGAUCAAUUCAUAUUACUCUA